AUGAGCGUAAGUGGGCCUAUUUCCCCGCAGUCAGAGUCCAAAUGCUCUGUCGUUAUGUCCGCCUCCGGCCAUUUUGAAACGCAGCCGUCGACACCAGCGUCACCUAGUUCGCCACAAGUGAAGGCUGACGAUGGGAGUGGCAUCAAAAUAUUGGCCGAAGUGGCGGAAGGCGCAGCGAUGGCUUGUUCCAAAAGUCCUAGACGACACCAGGUUACUUCACCACGAAGCAGAGCAGAGAGCAGAAAAAAGCGCUUAAGUGGAGUUUGCAAGCGGAGGCGUCGUGCUAGGAAGAGGAAAAGCGGUUCUGGGUCGAGCAAGAAGUCUGGCAGCAGUCAGGAGAUGCAAUCUGCAUCCCGUCGCAUGCAACUGACUGUGGCACCAAACAACACGACGCAAUUUCUCAUUGAAGAUCACAAUGACAGCAUUGAUAUCGACAUGCCUGCGAAUCCAAAGGGGAGGGAGGGACGCAGAGAGAGAGACUCGAGUAUCAGCGUCGACACUGAUGACGAAUAUUACUCGUCACCGCCAGACGAGCAAGAGUACUACUUGAAUGACUUUAACGACGCUUACGACGACGGGAAAUCUGGCGAUCUUCAAUCACAGCCGAGGAACAAGUUAAUGGAGAACGUGGUAAUGUUGGAGAAGAUCGUCGAAAGAUUAACUAGUGAACUCGCGAUCCUGAAAAAUCAACCGUUGGAAUAUCUCCUGGAGCCCAAUUACCGAGCCGGGCUAGAAGCUGCCCAAACGCGCAAAUGUCAAGCUGAAAUAAGCAGGCUGCAGGCGGAGAUCAACAAGCUGAGGGUGGAGAACGAGUGUCUGAAGAAGCACUGCUACUCACCUGCCCCCGUGUAUUCGUCGUCGGAGGACUCUGAGAGCGACUCCAACAGCUCGACGGGUAGCAGCUCCAGCGAUGAAGAAUUGGAAGAUGACCAGGAGAAGGAUGUUCUGCCUGCUAUCACUCUUGCCGCUGCCCAAGAAGCAUCUGACGAGUCUGAUGCUGAAUAA